ACCUCUCCUGUCCUGUUAUUAGACAGUUAGCGUUGGACCCCUCCUGUCCUGUUAUUAGACAGUUAACGUUGGACCCCUCCUGUCCUGUUAUUAGACAGUUAACGUUGGACCCCUCCUGUCCUGUUAUUAGACAGUUAGCGUUGGAUCCCUCCUGUCCUGUUAUUAGACAGUUAGCGUUGGACCCCUCCUGUCCUGUUAUUAGACAGUUAACGUUGGACCCCUCCUGUCCUGUUAUAGACAACCCCUAGUAUUGAGCCAAUUCUUGCUGCCUGUACAAUGCUGUAUCGUUGAACGGUAAGAGAUGGGGUGGGGAGGUUGCUAUGUCCUCCUCCUCCUCCUGCAGUACUGGGAAUAUUCUUUGCUAUGAAUACUGUGCUGGCUGCUCUCAUCUCUCCCGCCUUUCCUCCUGAGACCACACACUGCAGCACAAUCAGCCCUGCUAUCUCAGGAGCAGAGGUGAAAAGGAUCAUUCUCUGCAAAGAAAAAACCCAUCCUUAGAACCAAUGGCAUCCUCUCCCCGCAGCAUCCUUCCUGCAGCCUCUCUGAUGCUUUCUGUGUCUGCAGCCUUCCUCCCAGCCCAUUCCUGGUCCUCACCCUCCUGUGGUCUAUCAUUAGCCUCACACUAAGACCCUCAGGGUUCUCCAUCUCCAGUGUUGCUUGUUUGUGCGUUAUACUUUGUGUGUUAUUUUUUCUGUUUGUUUCCUUGAUCUCACCCCUCUGGCGCAGACCUAUAAUCCAUUCCGGGAUAUGUAGCCCCUCUGGUCAAGAUGUUCCGGAGGAAGCUUUCGGACUGGUCUGACCUGGAUACCAGUUCCCUGGUAGACCUGGAGAAGGAUGCCUCGGAACUCCUGGGAGAAUCACCUGGCUGGGCUUCCAAUGGAAGGGCUGCUGCCCCCGAUUAUGUAAGCAUAUUGUCAUAUGUAAUGGCUCCAGUACUGGGGAAAUGGGGAGGCCUGACUGUAGAGGGGUUCAUUAGGAAUCCAAUUAUCUCUUAACUAUUGUCCGUGCCAUAUUCACUCUAUGUACCCCUGGUAAUGUUUCGGCCACUAUAUGGGGCUUUGUCAAGGCAGUAGUAAACUGCUCUCAGGCCGCCCCAGCGUGUCCCAUGUACCCCACAUGCUGGGUCAGGUUCUGUUGGGGUUACGGAAACUAUAAAGAUUAAUCCUAUUUGCAAACAUUUACCAAAAACAUUAGGGAACAAGAAACCAAUCUGGCAGAUCGUAUUAUGAACAUGGGAUUAGUUUCAACCAAUUAAUUUCUGUAUGGAAUUCUCACUGAAGUUUGACUUUUGUGGGAAAUUUUACUUAUUUAAUAAUCAGCUGCAAACUAGCAACCAGUUUGAAUAAAGUGGGUAAAAAAGCAGGUUGGAUAAAAAUCUGUCUUUUUUUAUGACAGCUGUCCGCUCAAAAUGACUAGCCCACCAAACAAUGGCAAUUACAAAAAAAAAAUGAGUUUCUAUCAUUCUACUGAACCACCUAGUGGAGUAGCUGAAUAGAUCCAUUACAGGCUUCAUCUCUGAUGUUAAAGGGGAAGAUGUACAAUUAAAGCUGGGAUGGGCAGGAGUUCAGAUUUUGAAACAGACGGUGGGGAUGAGAGGGUUCUGAGCAGGGUUUAAUAUUUCCAUUCACCACUAGUCAUUGGUGACUAUGCCAUGAUGGGCAGUGGAGAAUAACUUUUAAGGACUGACUAGUAACAUAGGACUUCAAAUUGUAAGUUCUGUUAAAUCAUGCAAUCCCUGUUUAUUCAUACUGCCGCUGAUCCAGUAUGGAGCGGAGGAAGACGAAGAUGAUGAUGAAGAUCCGAUAUACAUCCCUGAUUCCGAGCUAUAUGGCCCCAACGAAAACUUCUUCAAGGACAGCAAGACAAAGAUUGGUGAGAAAAUAAAUUGCAUUAUUAAGAUUUCCUCUCAAGUAAGCUGAAUAUAUCUUACUAUCCUACAGGAUAAUCAAACAGAGGAGCAAAAAGAAUGAAUAAAUAAAUGUGAUGUACAGACAGCUGAUUUAGUAUUGAAGCAGUAAUAUAAUCCUCUCUGGUUGCAGAGGGGUAAUGUGUUGUAUUCUGUCUAUGCAGUAAUUUUAUUGCACUUAACCACACACUAUUUUAUUUGGUCUACCUCCACACUAUUUGUGUAAUGAAUCUAGUGUGCAUGUGUGUAUAGCCUAGGUCAGUGAUGGCCACCUUUUUGAGCCCGAGUGCCCAAACUGCAAUACAUACCAACUUUUUUUCCCUCAAAGUGCCAACACGGCACUUAAACCUGAAUACUGAGGUUUAAGUUUAGAAAAAAGAACUCGUCCAAUUGUCCGAACUAGUUAGCAUCUUUUGUUUUAAAAGAACACAACAGAGAGUUCAAUGAUACAAAUUUUAAAUGAUAUAAAUAGAUAAAAUUUAAGUUUAGAUUUAUUAGUAUCUCCAAAAAAUGCAAUACAUAAACCGACCGACACACAGACAGACUGCUAAAUACACACACAAACACACACACAGUCCGCUGAAUACACACACACAGUCCGCUGAAUACACACACACUGCUGAAUACACACACACACACACAAACAUACACACAGUCCGCUGAAUACACACACACACAUACUGCAUUGAGGGGUGCAGUGUAUGUGAAAGGGUGUGGAGUGCUGUGUGCAAGGGGUGCUGUGUGUGUGUGGGGGGUAGGGUGAUGUGUGUGGGGGUAGGGUGCUGUGUGUGUGGGGGGGGUGUGUGGGGGGUUGAAGAUACAUUAUAAAAAUUUUUAAAGCAUGUGGGGGUAGGGGUGCUGUGUGGGGAGGGUAGGGUUAUGUGUGUGGGGGGUAGGGUGCAGUGUUAGUGGUGGUGGUGGGGUAGGGGUGCAGUGUGUGGGGGUAGGGUGAUGUGUGUGGGGGGUAGGGGUGCAGUGUGUGUGGAAGGGUGGGUGCAGUGUGUGUGAAGGGGUAGGGUUGCAGGUGUGUGGGGUAGGGUGGCUGUGUGUGUGUGUAGGUGAGGUGUGGGUGGCUGUGGUGUGGGUGGGGUGCUGUGUGUGUGGGUGGGUCGGGUGUGUGUGGGGGGUGGGGUGCUGUGUGUGGGGGUAGGGGUGCUUUGUGUGUGGGAGUUCUGUGUGUGUGUGGGGGGUAGGGUGCUGUGUGGGGUAGGGGUGCUGUGUGUGGGGGUGGGUAGGGGUGCUGUGUGGGGGUGGGUAGGGGUGCUGUGUGGGGGUGUGGGGGUUGAAGAUACAUUAAAACAUUUUUUUUAUUUUUUAAAGCAAUAUUAAGUCAGUAUCCCCCCCUCCCUUCUUCUUACCUUUGGUGGAGGGGAGGGGGGAGAACACAGCCAUCCCUGGUGGUCCGAUGAUGGUAAGUAUCUAGGACAGGUCCUGCAGCUCUCAUGUCCUCCCGCGCGAUGCUGUGUGGAGCGUUGCCAUGGUAAAGCGCGGCAACGCUCCACACAUCUCGCGGGAGGACAGGAGAGCUGCUUUCUCGAUCCCUCCCCCCUGCUCCCGGUCCUGCCGACACGGAAGCAGAGUAGGCGCCUGCCGUUUUGGGAAGCAGGUGCCUACUCUGCAUUGAUGGCGAACCUAUAGCCGCGUGCCCACAGAGAGGGCCCGGUGUGCCACCUGUGGCACGCAUGCCAUAGGUUCGCCAUCACUGGCCUAGGUGAUUAGGUUGGAUAGCUCUAGCCAUUUCUCUGGAUAGCCUCCUAGAUACGGAGGGUUAUUAGCACAGCUGGUUUGGGAGUGGGGUUUGGCUGCCAUUGGUUUCAUUGUGGGGUUAUGCCUCCAUCCAAUUAGAUGCACGUCUACUCCCACUACUCCAUCUGAGGGUUCUUAUUCAUAGAACGGCUAUAACCUAUCUGGCUAUUACCUAUCUCUGACUAUCUUUUCACCUACUCUCCUACACAGGCUACAUGUUCUUUAUGCUGCCUGCUGUGUAACUGAUAUCCUGAGCACCUAGGACAUUUUGCCCUUCUCAGACUAUACCAUACAUAUUGUUUUGUGCAUGCAGCACACUUGGGUUUUAUAUAGGGAUUUCGCAAUACCCCUUAUACUGGUUGAUUAUUACAAGACACUUUCUCCUGCCCCUUUUGUUCACUUUUCUCUAUCACAUUUUAACUUUAGGAUCUUGUUUAAAUAAAGUUUAUUAUUUAUUUUUUUGUUUUGCAAUUACCUUUGAAUGAUUCUAGUAAGAAGGUAAUUUCAGUAAGGAGGGUUUCUACCUUUGUUAGGCAAUACACAUCUUUCUACCUGUGGAAACAUACACUAUUACAUUAAUGGCCCACUAUUACAUGGGAGCGGUAAAAUCUGCCUCCCUCUAGCCAUUUCAAUCUGAUUUCUGGCAGAUUUUGUGCUGGUCUGGGAGGAGAAGCUCCAUUCAUCAAAGAAGAACUACCAAAAGGGAUCAGUCCGGGGACAGGAGCAAGACUCCAGGGAACAGCAGAGGAAAUCCAAGGUCCUAGGGGAGAAGGACAGAUACAGGAGACGCUUCCACCGCAAUCUUCUGAAAGCGGGGCUCCUGUGUGAGAAGGUAUGCUGGAACAUGGCAGCGAGUUUGAGACGAUGAGCGUUAUUUAGUAAGAGCGCAGAGCCAGUACUGUGUGGGUUAUCAUAUUUUUAUAAACAGGAAUAUUCACUAAGCUUUGAAUUGUCAGGAAUUCACCAGGGAAUGGCACAUUUAAGGUCAAAUAGCUGAGCUGGAAACAUAGAUGAGUUAGAGAGAUUUUGGCUAUUUUUAUCUUUCAAAUCCCUAGUUACCAUCAUUUUACAGAUUAGACAAUAACCGGCAUUGCCACCAAUAGUUAUGCUUGGAGCCUAUCCACUUUACAUGGACAUUCCAAUGCCCAACUACAAUUAAAUAAAUCCCUAAUAAUCCCAAAAAUAUAACCCUAAUGAAAACACGCAUACUUUUAAUUAUGUUUUUUUCAUUGAGGGUAUACUGAAGAUGACAUGUCUGAAACAUUUGCAAGCCUUCCAUAGCUGUUCUGUGGCUGUCAAACCACAGAUUUCUUAAUGUAACUCCAUUACCAGUAACAGGACUGGUUGUCUGAUUGACAGCUGGGGGGUAGUAUCUAGGUUGUUUAAUAAAAGUGCCACAUUUUAUUAAAUCUGCCCUUUUUGUGAAAUUAAAAAAAGAGGACACACUCUUCCUUAUCUAAAACAUUUCAUUACAGUAAAGUACUCCAGGUAUUUGGAAAGUCCCUUUAAGAAUAUACCGACAAGCGAACUUUCUAUACAUUGUAACUCAUAGGGACUGGUGAGAAUGUCUGUGUAAGCUGGGUGCACUGUUUGUUGAGUAUUUUCUAAUAUCAGGAGACGGUGUUCAUUUUUACCAUUUCUCUUACCCCAGGAGCAGAUGCUCAGUGAGAGGAAAGCUCUGCACUAUCUGAAACUGAGCGCCCCCUGGGAGGUCCUGGUGUAUUACGCCGAAGAGUUGAGCAUGAGAGCGCCACUCCAGGUCUGACACUUAUAUCAGCAGAGAUAAUUGGGUUAAAGUGACAUUAGUGAUGCUUCAUUGUAUCUGAUUUAUACUCUAUCCUCUAGGCUCUUCCAAACCCAGACACCAACUCGUCAGACAGGUUCCUUCAAAAUUUCUACAUCCCAAACCCCAUGUACCACCACGUUCCAAACAAACCCCUGGAUUAUUACACCUGUGCCUUCCGCAAGUCCAAACUCCAGAGGUAAUAAUGGGACAGAGGCUAAUGAUAUACCCAGGCCCUGAGCACCAAGGGCUCAUUAGCAAAGCACCAGGUGUAACUGUACAUAUAGUAUGACUGCACAUAUUUAUAAUUUGGAAAGGAUAUAAAAACAUACAGUUAAAUAUCGAAACAUGUUCUGCAUGCAUAGCCACUUAUAAAUCUGGAUUUAAUUCUCAUAAAUAAUACCCAUCAAAUAAAAAAAUAUCUGUAUGCUCACAGCUCUGCAAUAACGUCAGGACCUUCCAAUGUUUUCCAAUGUUAACAUUUACUGGGUUAAUCACUAAGGAUUGUUGGGGAUUUAUUGUGAAUUUCAAAUGUAGGCCAUACUAGCUGGGUUAAAAGAAUUCUCCAAGUCAGUUAUGGUUUAUUCUGGUUAAUUUGAUCUAAAAGUUUAAUUUAAUUUGAAUUCCUGUAAUUUCACAUUUUAAUGAAAAACCAGGCUUUUAGAAAAAAAUAAAGCUUGCGAAUAGAUUCCAGAAUGGUAAGUGACCCCCAAAAGCAACAUUAACAAACUAAUCGCACUGAAAACACCAUUCAUGUAGCAGAUCUGUGAACUGAAUAUUGGAAAUUUUACUCCAUCAUUCUCAUAGGUUCCUGGGCAACGAGUGUCAGACAACCUUCUUCAGUAAUACUCAGCGCAGCCGUAUUGUGAGUAUGGAUAACUUACUGCACUUACACUGACAUGUUUAGAAGGAAUAAGUACUUUUUAAAUGGUAAAGCAUGGAAUAAAUUACAGAGUAAGUGUGUUUAUAUGUGUGUGCGUGUGUGUAUAUAUAUAUAUACAUAUACACACACACACACACUUGCAUUACAUAACUUUCUUUUAUUUGUAGCUCAAAACCAAAAAAUUUAACUGUUUUUGGAGAUGUUAAUAUUGAUUGGCUGAAUCCUAAAAAUAAUAAAUCAUGUUCGCUGUUUAAGACUUUGCAGCUAACACAAUUAUUUUCCUCCCCAACUCGCAUUAAUAUUAAAAGCCAGAACCAUACCUUGCUCGAUUAGAUUCUCUCCAGUUGUCUUGACAGAAUCCUGGAGGCGAGCGUUCUCCGCAAAAUAAAGGCCACUAAAUCCCCUCCCAAGAUUAGAAUCACCAGGUCUUUCAACAAAUUUAAUCCUGAAUCCUUUUUAAAUGAUCUCAAGAACAUACUAUGGCACAGAUUAGGGCUAAUACCAGGUCUAGACUCUGCAAUUGCAUUUUUUCAGUCCGAGCUCUUGCGUGUUUGGAAUUUGCAUGCCCCUCUGCGUAAAGUGCGACUAAAAGGGACACACCUGCCCUGGGUUAGAGCUGACCUCAUUCAAAUGUACCAGUUUAGAGAUUCACUGUGGUCAAAGUUGAAGCGUACUGGCUCCAUGAACGAUCACUGUACUUACAGAUAUUGGCGAAAUGCAUGCACAAAACAAACAAAAAUGGUAAAGGCCUGAUAUUUCAGUGAAAAUUAUAAUAAGUUAUCAAACCCAAGAAACGUCUGGUAAAUCAUUAAUAGCAUAAAACCCCCCACAAUCCACUCCCAACCCUCCACUGUCAAAAUGGACAACCAAACACUGCAACACCCCCUAGAUGGAGCAAAUGCCUUGUGUUGGCUGUGCUACCACCCUGGUUGCUAAGAUAACAAAUUACACUCAUUUUCAGACCGCAAAUAAAGAUCAGGCCCUGCCAAAUCUUUAAAAUCCUCAUAUAGAGAAAUUACAUUUUAGACCUGCGCCUGUUAGUGUCGUUAAUAAACAUCUUAAUACUUUAAAAAUGAAAAACCAGUGUGGACUAGAUCAAAUCCCAGCAAUGUUGCUGAAGCUCAGUGUGGACUAGAUCAAAUCCCAGCAAUGUUGCUGAAGCUCAGUGUGGACUAGAUCAAAUCCCAGCAAUGUUGCUGAAGCUCAGUGUGGACUAGAUCAAAUCCCAGCAAUAUUGCUGAAGCUCAGUGCGCCGGCAAUUGCUAAACCAGUCACUACCCUUACCAAUGAAUCCCUGGUGUCAGGAUACAUAUCCAAACUUUGGAAGACUGCAAAAGUUGCACCUAUCCAUAAAAGUGGUGACAAGACUUUGGUUUCUAACUAUUGCCCGAUAUCAUUGCUCCCAGUAUUGUAAAACUCUUUUAAAAAUGUGUCCACACGCAACUGUGUGAAUAUUAUCAAAGAUCAAACUAUCUGACCCCUGAUCAAUCAGGCUUUCAUCCAAAUCACUCAACUUCAACUGCCCUCUUAAAAGUUUGCAAUGACAUCCAAUUUGGCAUGGAACAAGGAGACGUAACUGGAGCUAUUUUCCUUGAUUUUGCUGAGGCCUUUGACACAGUAGACCAUGGCAUUCUUUUGCAAAAACUUAAAAACUCAGGUAUUGGUGAUCGUCCGCUAACCUGGUUUCAUUCGUAUGUUUCAGACCGAUUGGAAUAUGUGGCCAUUUCUGAUAGCGCUUCCCUCCCUCUUCAGUCACGUGUGGUGUUCCCCAAGGCUCCAUACUUGGCCCCCUGCUAUUCACAUUAUUUAUAAAUGAUCUGCCUAACGUCUGCAAAUCCUCAACUCUACACAUGUAUGCAGACGACACUGUAAUCUACGCUAGUAAACCCAAGCUACCGCAGCUUGAAGCUGUGCUCCAAAGCCAAUUCACAGAGGUAGAAAAGUGGAUAGCAGAUAACAAACUCUUCCUAAACACUGACAAAACUGUUACAAUGAUCAUUGGAACUGUACCUAAAUUACGUAAAUUACAAAAUCAACAAUUGUGUAUCGGAACAAAUUCAAAUAUCACACUGACAGUAGUCUGCUCUUUUCAAUAUCUAGGUAUGUUGCUAGACUCCAAUCUAUCCCUUGGCCUUCACAUUGAAAAGAAUCUCGUCAAAACUUUACCCAUAACUAGGUGCCCUGUACAGAAACAAAUCCUGCCUCAGUCCUACAGUAAGGAAACAGAUAGUGCAACAAAUGCUAAUGCUGGUCAUGGAUUAUGGGGAUGUAGUGUAUGCACCCACACUGCAAACACACCUUAAUAAACUGAAUACGUUAUAUAAUUCAUUCUGCCGCUUUGUACCAGAAUGUAAUUACUUUACCCACCACUGUGACAUGUUAAAAGAGCUAAACUGGCUGUCGCUGUAAUCCAGACACACUCUUUCUCUUUCCAGCCUUGUGCAUAUGCAUUUCUGGGAAGCUCCCACCCUACCCGAGUAGAAUGCUCUCCCCAGCUGUUCCCACCUCCUAUAACCUCCGAUCCAGUACUAGCACAAUAUUUAGCAUACCGCAAUACAAAAAUAAAUGGUCUCGAUCCUCCUUUUCCUACUGAGCACCGCAAUUAUGGAAUAACCUCAGGGACACAGUCUAAUCUUCAUUCAAUCUAAAAUCUUUUAAGAGAUCUAUGGCAAUAUACCUCAGCACAGAAUGCUCCCAUCGUGGUUGAAUAUAUUUAUUACCUGAUGUGUAUUAAAUAAAUAAAUAUAUAUAUUGUUUGUCUGUAUAUUGUACCCUAUUGUAACAAUGCAAUGUUUUGUGGACCCAGGACACUUGAAAAUGAAAGAAAUCUCAAUGUAUCCAUCCUGGUAAAAUAUUUUAUAAAUAAAUAAAUUUGAAAGAAAAGAGCAUGUCUUCUUGCAGUGCAAAGUCUAGUUGACAUCUAAUCUCAGAAUAUUUCCAGUAUAUACCUGUAUGUGCCAGACUGACUGGGGCCAAUGUAAUUUAACUCUCUCCCAAUAAAAGCUAUUCUGUCUCCCAGCUCCUCUCCCAGCAUAUCAUUAUAUCAGGCAAGAAGCUGAAGUUAUCGUGGCAGUCACAAACAGCAGCUAUUAGCCAGAAGUGGGACUCCCACCAAUCAGACGCAGAUAAGGACGUGCAUGUCCAAAUACUGAGUAGAAUAUGCUGUUUCAAUUAAUUGCAAUUUGCUGUUCUGAAUAAAUCCUGGUAAUACUUCUCUUGGUAUUCUUUGGAGAAACACACCAAGCAUUCCUCACCCUCUUUCAGGUUUAUGAGAUCCUGUCCUGCACAGCGUAUGGUAAGAGAAAGCACGCAGAGAUUGGCAUUGAGCGAAUGCUAAAGGACGGAAUAUACACAUCGGCAUUCCCACUGCAUGAGGUAAGGGCUGUCACACAAGGCAAGGCUCAACCAUGUCCAUUCCACACCAGUCCCAUAGGGGAUACCACAGACCUGGAUUGGAAGAGAGCCAAGACAAUUCCAUAUUGUUAUAAUUCAGGAAUAGCCAUAUAUUAACAGUUCCAGGGAAUGGUCUUCUUCAAAAAUAUUACUUCAAUGUAUAACAUCAGCACUGACAUUACUACUUUGUACACCUCAUGGAUACACAGCCUUUUUAUAACUAGCUCAACCCAACAAACCAUUGUUCUACAUAGCCCCACCCCCACAGAACCAGGUUCAAUCUAACUCCACCUAUUAAACCUGGUUCUUUAUAGCACUACUUUGCAGGUACGGUUUGAUACCAAUACCUAAAAAAGCUGUUGUUUAUGCUUACAAGUUCCAUGUUCUUUAUAUCUCCACCCCAGAGCUUUGUUUUCUCAGGCUCACUCACCAAACCAUUGCUCUACAUAGCCCCGCCCCCACAGAGCCAUGUUUUCUUUAACUCCACCUACCAAACUUGGUUCUUCACCGCUCUACUUUGCAGAGAUGGUUUCAUAGCCGUAUCUAAUAAAGUUGUUGUUUAUGCUUGCACGUUCCAUGUUUUUUAUAGCUCCACCCCAGAGCUUUGUUCAAUGCUCUACAUUGCUCCACCCCCACAGAGCCGUGUUCUCUCUAAUCACCCAAACAUUGUAAUUCAUAGUACCACUUAUCAGAGCCCUGUUCUUUAUAGGUUUCUCCAGCAAACCCUUGUUCUUUUUAGUUACAACCCACAUAAUUAUUUUUUUACUUCACAUUGUACAACUAUGUUAUGCUUACUUCCACCCUUUCCAUAAAACAGAUACAGAGUUUUAGGUCCUAAACCGAGGGGUUAUGAGCUACACUGCUUCAUUCUGUGCUCUAUUCCUGAAAUUCUAACAUUGAUUUCUUUUCAGGGGCCUUAUGAAAUGCCAGAAUAUAACGUGCCCUCUGGAAGUCUUAAUCCUCGUCAGAUCCUUUUCCAGUACUGGGCUCGCUGGUCCCAAUGGUAUAAAUAUCAGCCUCUGGACCAUAUCCGUGAAUAUUUUGGGGAGAAGGUUGCAAUAUACUUUGCAUGGCUGGGUAUGUUUUACCCUUUCUAAUCCAAACAACCUAACCACUAAUAAACCGCACCAACAGAAGACUGACUGGGUACAGUUUGUUAUCCUUUACAAUUUCUCUACCCAUUCAUUGAUAGUUAGGUAGGAAUCAAGAUCUCAUAUUGUUAAAAAACAGAGAUUUAAUCAUUUGUAGCCUUUUUUUAUUAUUGUACAUCUUGGGAGGUGAAUGGAAGGGACUAAUCAUUAAGGAGCCCAAAUUAUACACAUAAUAAAUACAGUUUCUAAUGCUUUGGUUUUUUACUUUUUUUUAGACCAUAAAAACUCUUAAAAAUAGUUCAACACUAUCACCUCUCAUCCUGCUACCCUCAGGUUUCUGCAGUGCUAGUUUCUGAACUUUGAGUUUCCAUUACAAUUAACCCCUUAAGGACACAACUUCUGGAAUAACAUGGAAUCAUGACGGAAUAUUUCCGUCAUGUGUCCUUAAGGGGUUAAACAUAGGACAGCAAUCUGCAAUAUUUACAUUAUCUAGUGCUGCCCCAAAAUGUGCAUUCCAUAUAACAGGCCAUAAAGAAUCAGUUGGCAAGGGCACCGACUGCUAUACAGGUUGCGAUGACCAUCCACAUACACCAUGACCGCUACUCCAACCAUGCAGUUUAUAAUUUAAUAAUGUGGGUUUACUUACCCUUAAGUCAGCUUAUUUAAAGAGAGCAACCAUUCCAUGCGACCACUCACCUCACCUUAUAUUGUCCUUUUGGGCAGGGUUUUACACGACCUGGCUCCUUCCCGCUGCCAUUGUUGGAUCCGUGGUCUUUAUCUCCGGCCUUCUGACAAUGAAAAGCAACACAGUGGCGUAAGUGUGAGUGGACGCCAAGAGCUGUCCGUCAAAUUAAUCAAUGCGUGAGUACUAAUCUGGACAUUUGUGCCCCUCAGGCAAGAGGUCUGUGAGAGUGGAAAUACUUACCUGAUGUGCCCGCUCUGUGACACAUGCAGCAAUUGGCACAUCUCUGAAAUCUGUCCCAUGGCCAAGGUAUGCAGCAAUUUGUCUGGGUUGAUCCCGGUGAAGUCACAUGGUUUUUCAGAAGUGUAUCUCUUACUUUACUUUCUUGUUCCUCAGGUGGGGUAUUUGUUUGAUCACCCAGGGACAGUCUUCUUCAGCGUCUUCAUGUCCUUCUGGGCAGUAACAUUUCUGGAAUACUGGAAGAGGAAGAAUGCCACAUUGGCUCAUCACUGGGACUGUAUGGACUUCCAGGAAGAAGAGGUUGGGAUCUUCAUAUUUUACUGCUUUUUGAACUUGUGGUUAACAUUUUCUAACUGCAAUGUAAUAUUUAAGGACACAGAGGGUGUUGUUAUUAGAAUCACAUACUUCCAUGGUGCUGGGGAACUGUUCAACACACUUUUUCCUUGUGGUCUCUAUAUCCAGAUCACUCAGUUUCUGCUUAAUUAAUGGUCCACAAAAUCAGUGCGUGUGGGCCUUCUGGGACCUCACAUGCUAUAUAGACAUUAGCCACAGUUUCUGCAGUGACAGACAAGGAAACAGAGAAUGAGAAAUCUGUGUCAAUAGAAGUAGAGAAAAUGUUGCACAUUCUCUGUACAUCACCAGUGAGACUGUGACUUCCUUUAGCUUCACAAGUGGUAUGGACCAAUACUCUACCUCCUGACAUUUCUACACAGGGACAGUUUAAUUUGAUAGGGUGUGGGUGGGGCCAGGGGCAGGGCUAUUCAACACAUUUUAGGUGAUAAGCAUUUAUGAAUUUGAAAAUGUAAUUUAGAACAAGAACAAUGUAUCUUAUUUACGCAGACAGAUUUCUAAACUCAUUUCUGGCAGUUUAAAGACACAUUACUGGGAGUAUUAUUGCUGUGGAGCUCUGUAAUACACUCAGACACAUUACUGGGAGUAUUAUUGCUGUGGGGUUCUGUUAUACACUCAGACACAUUACUGGGAGUAUUACUGCUGUGGAGCUCUAUUAUACACUCAGACACAUUACUGGGAGUAUUAUUGCCGUGGAGCUCUGUUAUACACUCAGACACAUUACUGGGAGUAUUAUUGCAGUAUACACACAUUACUGGGAGUAUUAUUGCUGUGGAGCUCUGUUAUACACUCAGACACAUUACUGGGAGUAUUAUAGCUGUGGAGCUCUGUUAUACACUCAGACACAUUACUGGGAGUAUUAUUGCUGUGGAGCUCUGUUAUACACUCAGACACAUUACUGGGAGUAUUAUUGCUGUGGAGCUCUGUUAUACACUCAGACACAUUACUGGGAGUAUUAUUGCUGUGGAGCUCUGUUAUACACUCAGACACAUUACUGGGAGUAUUAUUGCUGUGGAGCUCUGUUAUACACUCAGACACAUUACUGGGAGUAUUAUUGCUGUGGAGCUCUGUUAUACACUCAGACACAUUACUGGGAGUAUUAUUGCUGUGGAGCUCUGUUAUACACUCAGACACAUUACUGGGAGUAUUAUUGCUGUGGAGCUCUGUUAUACACUCAGACACAUUACUGGGAGUAUUAUUGCUGUGGAGCUCUGUUAUACACUCAGACACAUUAUUGGCAGUAUUAUUGCCGUGGAGCUCUGUUACUGGGAGUAUUAUUACUGUGGAGCUCUGUUAUACACUCAGGCUCACCAACAAUAUGUAGCUCCUAGAAAAGAAGGACAUUAGGAUAAAAAAGAGGGACAGAUGGAUUUGGGUCUAUAACAGGGACACCUGGUCUGGGAGGUAUGCAGUAGUACAGGGAUGGGAAACAUGAUGCAGAGCUAAAGUCUGAUUUCUUCUGCACAUUCCCACUUUAUUGUCUCUACCUAGGAACGUCCUCGGCCUGAGUUUGCAGCUAUGGCUCCACAAAUGGAGCAAAAUCCAGUCACAGGAGUAAAGGAACCAUACUUCCCGAAACGUGACCGCCUGUCCAGGAUCCUGACUGGCUCAAUGGUUAUUGUUAUUAUGGUAAGUACAUGGAAGUGAUUCAAACAGCGUGUAUUCUAUGCAGGAGAAAGCUAGCAUUGGGGACACCGACAGAGGGAGUAAUUGGCCAUCACUGGCAUAGCCAACCAAAGGCAUGACUAUGUCCAGCAGACCCUGCUUAGAAACUCAACUUAAUAUUUUUUGAUUAUUUUUUUGAAUGAUUUUAUAAUAUGGAAAAUAUUUUACUAUUUUUCUUUAACAUUCUAACAUUUUGAAAACUUUUUUUUUUUAAAUCUUUUCCAAAAAAAAUGAAUCAUUUAAAAGAAAUUAAACCGAGACUUAGGUUUUUUUUUUUUUAAUUUAAUGAAUAUGUACAAAUAAAGUUUUGAUUAAUUUCUCUCAUUGUACACAUGUAAACUGCAGCCCAUUAUGCUGUUACUGACUCUUGCGGAUACACAAUUUAGCAAGGGAAUAUGAUUACUUGUGAUGAGUAUGGUGCCCCCUACUGUUUACACAUUUUACUCUCUUGCCAGCUCUGCGUGGUGAUGAUUUUCCUGGUAUCUGUGAUUAUGUAUCGUGGUAUUGUGAGCAUGAUGAUGUAUCACACCGGAAACAGUAUCCUCAUGACACAGGUACGAUCUCUCCAGAAAUACAGUUCUCAUGACACAGUUACGGUCUCUCCACAAAUAGGGUUUUCAUGACACAGUUACGAUCUCUCCAGAAAUACGGUUCUCAUGACGCAGGUAUGAUCUCUCCAGAAAUACUGUUCUCAUGACACAGGUACGGUCUCUCCACAAAUACGGUUUUCAUGAAACAGUUACAAUCUCUCCAGAAAUACGGUUCUCAUGACGCAGGUAUGAUCUCUCCAGAAAUACGGUUCUCAUGACACAGGUACGGUCUCUCCAGAAAUACGGUUUUCAUGAAACAGUUACGAUCUCUCCAGAAAUACGGUUCUCAUGACGCAGGUAUGAUCUCUCCAGAAAUACGGUUCUCAUGACACAGGUACGGUCUCUCCACAAAUACGGUUUUCAUGAAACAGUUACGAUCUCUCCAGAAAUACGGUUCUCAUGACACAGGUACAAUCUCUCCACAAAUACAGUUCUCAUGACACAGGUAGGAUCUCUCCACAAAUAUGGUUCUCAUGACGCAGGUACGAUCUCUCCACAAAUAGGGUUUUCAUGACACAGUUACGAUCUCUCCAGAAAUACGGUUCUCAUGACACAGUUACGAUCUCUCCAGAAAUACGGUUCUCAUGACGCAGGUACAGUCUCUCCACAAAUACGGUUUUAAUGACACAGUUACGAUCUCUCCAGAAAUAUGGUUGUGUGAGGGGCAAAUAAGGCCGUAUAGGCAGUAAAAGGGAAACAAGUCGGUUGAGGUGUGCCGGAACCGACGUCGUGGUAGGCCUGUAAUAAAAGAGGGCAAAAAUUGGGUACCUGAAAAACAAUCAACAAGACCUAAUUGCCUAGCGGUAUGGUAAAUGCCGAGUGAGGGAAAUUGUUACCCAGUACUUUAACCGGCACUCUUAAUUGUGCAAGGGGAAGUAAGGUAUAUUGAACGUGUUGGCCCCCCUAGGGUAGACUAAAUGUGGGGUAGAGAAGGUAAUCAGUAGACUGCAUGAAUAGGUGAGACUUCCUAAGAAACUGCUGCAAGAAGGACGUGGUGGCUGUGUGAAAGUAUGUGAGACCCAAGAAGCAGGAAUAGUGGCUCAACAACUAGAUUACAUAGUUUAAGUGACUAGUUCCCACCAAGUACAAAAACGGUUGAUCCAAAAGAAGGUGAAAAAACCCAGUUUGAAGCGCUGCCAAUUUGCAUCAAGCUGGGAAAAAAUUCCUUCUUGACCCUAAAAUGGCAGUCAGAUUUCCUUGGAUCAAGCAGUUAUUUCCCUGCAUUGAAAGUUGACGCCCGGUUCGUAGUGACAGGCAUUUAAUAAUUCUGAUAGUGAAUGAGAUACUUGGAUGUUGAUGUGAAAUCUGUAAAUUUGAAAUUCCCUGGAACCUAAAACGCCUUGAGUAUGCCAAUAGUCUGGGAUGAGGAUAUGAAACUGCGUAUGAAUGGCAAACCUGUACAACAUGUGUAGUUGUGAACCGGAUAGGUAGAGAUGAUGCAAGUUAAAAGUGGCAACAAAAAAAAAGCAAAACCAAAAUGCAGACAACAUAGCAACAGGAACAGUAACGGUACACGCGAAGAAGGAGCCCCCGAAAGGUGCUGGAAGCCUGGAUCGGAAACCAGCCAAAAAGGCAGAUGCCAGUUACCCCAAACAGGAGGCGAAACGGAGAAGAGUGAAACUCGGGGGCCCCCACCAGCAACAGCGAUACCUGUGGAGUGCGGACUGAGAGCUCAGCUGUCCGAAAGGCUGCCGGGUGGGGGGGAGGAAAGGGACUCGCGAGAACCGUAGCAAAGCAAGGAAAAAAGGUAGGAGUAGCCAAAACACCACAGCGCGAAGGGUACCAGACCAAGCCAGAGAGCCCAGGCGGACGAUACCACGCCAACGCCUAGCAGCGGAGACCUGCUAGAAAAAGAGACGAAUAGGCAGCGCAUAAGCGACCCAAUGCGUGUGUGUGUGGGUAUGUGAAUGUGUGCUGGAAUACUAGCUAAUACCAAAAGGCGAAGCAAUUAAAAACUAGGUGUGGUGACAGGUGAGGCCCUGCUAGAUGCCAAGCGGCCACUGAACAUUGUGGAGGGGUGUUGGCCUCUUGCUGACAGUUAAACAUAAGAUAGAAUGGGAGUGACAGGUGAGGCCCUCCCUAUGCCACAAUGCGAGGCGACUAACUAUGAUUUGGCCCGAGGGCCCUCAGAGUAUGAGGAUGGGUGUUGGCCUCGCGGGACCACUAACCUAAGGCGAAGAAGCCGAGGGGGAAUUACCAACUAGUGGACAGCUAGGACCCUGACAGCCAGCCACAGCUAACUAAGAGGGGAGGGAAGGUAGCGUGAGAGGAUAGAUUUGCUGUAUGUGUAUCAAGAACGUGAGUGUGAACGAGGAAACACCGCAGAGCUGACCAUAACCAAAAACAGAGCAAGCAUGUCAGUGUCCAGGCGGACGGCUGAAAGGAGCGAGCCCGGCAGUAGGUAACAAAACAGAGUUGGUGUAAACCCCAGGGGGGGUCACGAGACCGAGUGUGAGAGCGUGCGCGGGCGUGCUGGCAUACUAGCUAAGCCAAAAGGCAAAACAAUUAAAAACUAGGUCUGGUGACAGGUGAGGCCCUGCUAGAUGCCAAGCGGCGUGAGAGGCUCUAUCUAUGCAUUGGCGCGAGGGGAUAAUGUGGCCACCAAACGUUGUGGCUGGGUGUUGGCCUCUCAGUGACAGUUAAACAUAAGAUAGAAUGGGAGUGACAGGUGAGGCCCUCCCUAUGCCACAAUGCUAGGCGACUAGCUAUGAUUUGGCCUGAGGGGUGUAGUACCUCCGAGUAUGAGGAUGGGUGUUGGCCUCGCGGGACCACUAACCUAAGGCAAAGAAGCCGAGGGGGAAUUACCAACUAGUGGACAGCUAGGACCCUGACAGCCAGCAACAGCUAACUAAGAGCGGAGGGUAACGAGUGAGAUAGGGGAUGCACAGUGAGUGAAAAGAAAGAGGGUACGGGGUACGAGGAAGAAUCGUAGGGUCGACCGUAAAUGGAGGGCAGAGUGAGCCUGUCGGAGCCCAGGCGGUCAGUUUGAAAGGAGCAAGCCCGGCAAUAGGUAAUAAAAUCCGUGUUGGUGUAAAACCACGGGGGCUCGUGAGAUCCAGUGCGACUGUGUGGGGUAUGAGGGAGAAUCGUAGGGGCUGACCGUAACUGGAGAGCAGAGUGGUCAGGCCGUAGGGGUACACAAGGGAAAUAGGAACAGAAAGUGCAUGCGCGCAUAUAGCUCACAGGUCUCGUAAGGGCCAGAGCACGUUCCCGGUAACAAAAACAUAGCGCUCCUUCUGGAAAAUAACAUGGUUAUGUCGGGCAGACAUGGCCCAUCCAAGCAAAAACAAAAACAAAGCCCGAAAGCUAAACGCAGGACAGACUCUGUGACCGGACCAAAACCGCUUGUUAGCAGCAACCACGUAGCUUAAGACAGCGUAAUGAAGGGUAGGGAACGAAACUUGAACGAGAUAAACCCUCUAAUUUUUUUUAUUUACUUAUUUAUUUUUAUUAAUUAAUCGCAUAUGGGGGUGGAGGGGGGGGGAGAGGGUGGAGAGAGAGGUACACCAGAAUUAGCUGGCAUUAUAUAAUCAACAAUAACUACAGGGCCAGAUUACAGUGUACUCGCACAGUGUCAAAAGGAAAAGGCAGUGGAGACACCGAGGGGAUUAAUUACUAAACCGUGAACUGUAGUGAAAACAAAGUAGCACUUAAACAGCAUUUGAGAGUUGCCAUUUAGAAGCAGACUGGAACUGCACAUCUGGAGGUACUAGGCACCAAGAUAAAACAAUUAAUGAAUAUCCAGCCAAAAGUUCCUGGGAGGUGUUCCAGGGCAUGGUGUAACCAAGGAACCGUGGCCAAGCAGGAAAUGGGUCUGCCGAGAUUCACCUUUGUGAAAAUCAAUGGCAGAAGAAAUACAAAUGUAUGCAUACAGUACCUGAGCAGUAUGCUUUGGGAAAACAGCCCCUAAUUAAUAACCCCCCUCUUACACCAUCAGACAUUAGCUAUCAGUUGUGACCGCGGAGGCGAGCAUCGCCGCAGCAGAGCCGAACCUUCCCCCCAGAGUCAUGGCCGACGGGGGCGGCGCGACACAAUUUCCAAAGCGACCAAUACAUGCACACCCGCAGACCACCACUACCUGCCCACAAGAACCACAGGAAGCAGGACGCCCGCGGAGGCCAACUAGAAUCGCACCGGACAGCAAGAGAGGGAGCCGAGCCUCAGGAGGACUGCGGACAAACGAGCAGCUGAGCCACGAGGACCAGGUAAGGGGGAGGAAUGACGGCCGGAAAUGGCGACAUGCGAGUCGCUGAAAAACGUACGGGACCUGGGAAGGUGAGUAGGGGGGUUUAAAUAGGUACCAUGCCCCUCCCACAACUGCAGGCCAAGCCUUAACAUUUCUCAUGACAGAGGUACAAUCUCUACACAAAUAGGGUUUUCAUGACACAGUUACAAUCUCUCCAGAAAUACGGUUCUCGUGACACAGGUACAAUCUCUUCACAAAUACAGUUCUCAUGACAGAGGUACGAUCUCUCCACAAAUAGGGUUUUCAUGACACAGUUACGAUCACUCCAGAAACACGGUUCUCAUGACACAAAUACGAAAAGUUGCUGAUCUCUACACUAACAGAGGUGGUGUGCCAUAUAGUCACCUGUCUAUAUUAUGUACACUCCUUUCUGCCCAUUAACAGAGUGCUACUGAUGCUCUUCAGGAACUCAUUAAAAGCAAAGACAGAAACAUUUAUUUUUAAUAAUAAAUGGCUGCUUUAAGUAAUAUUAAAAAUCACUAAUAUACCCCUGUCCCCUCCAACAAAUGUUCAUAUUACAGAUGCAGAGUUUUAUCUCCCAAAGUCCACCCUUAGCAUUGGUAGUACGAUUCGCAUUAUAUAGGUAUAAUCACACCACCAGCAUCCGUAUGAUAACAAGUAUGGUCAUGAUACAGGUAUGAUCACAUCAAACUCAGCUUCAGUAUGAUACAGGUAUGAUCACACCUUAAUAUGUAUCCUCAUGAUACAGGUAUGAUCACACCUUAAUAUGUAUCCUCAUGAUACAGGUAUGAUCACACCUUAAUAUGUAUCCUUAUGAUACAGGUAUGAUCACACCUUAAUAUGAAUCCUCAUGAUCCAGGUAUGAUCACACCUUAAUAUGUAUCCUCAUGAUACAGGUAUGAUCACACCUUAAUAUGUAUCCUCAUGAUACAGGUAUGAUCACACCUUAAUAUGUAUCCUCAUGAUCCAGGUAUGAUCACACCUUAAUAUGUAUCCUCAUGAUACAGGUAUGAUCACACCUUAAUAUGUAUCCUCAUGAUACAGGUAUGAUCACACCUUAAUAUGUAUCCUCAUGAUACAGGUAUGAUCACACCUUAAUAUGAAUCCUCAUGAUACAGGUAUUAUCACACGUUAAUAUGUAUCCUGAUGAUACAGGUAUGAUCACACCUUAAUAUGUAUCCUGAUGAUACAGGUAUGAUUCCGCAAACACCAUUCUCAUCACGUUGAUAUGACAAAUUUUACAGGAAGUGAGCGAAUUUUGGCAUUUUGAGAUGUUUCUGGUAAUCUGGUUAUUCUCGAUUUGUUAUGUGGUUUCAGGCUGGCAAUAUAGCGAAUAUCAGCAGUACAAUGGUAAACCUGGUGCUUAUCCUCUUGAUGAGUCAGGUGUACACGUCAUUAGCGGAAAAGCUCACGCGUUGGGGUAAGUACUUUCCUUGUAAAAUGUUGCAUUUUUGUUACUUUGUAUCAUUUACCCCACGCAUUCUAUUGUGAGUGUCAGAGGCAUGGAAUGCAUUGCCCUGCAUCACAUUGCCAUUCGCUUGGUGUAUAAGAGGUAUCAGGAAGAUUUAUGUGGAUGUAUCAGUCAUUGGCUCAUUUUAGGCAACUAGACCACUUAAAGGACCACUAUAGGCACCCAGACCACUUCAGCUUAAUGAAGUGGUCUGGGUGUCAGGUCCAGCUUGGUUUAACCCUUUUUGCUGUAAACAUAGCAGUUUCAGAGAAUUUAAAUAGAAAUAGCAACAUUCAUGUAAACAUUAGGGUUAACCCAGCCUCUAUUGGCUGUCUCAUUGACAGCCGUUAGAGGUGCUUCCGCGCUUCUCACUGUGAUUUUUUACAGUGAGAAGACCCCAUCGUCCAUAGGAAAGCAUUGAGAAUGCUUUCCUAUGAGACUGGCUGAAUGCACGCGCAUGCGCGUGCAUUCAGCCGAUGACGGAAGAAGAGGGAGAAGAGUCCCCAGCGCCGAGGGAGGUGGAAAAAAGGUAAGGGAUUAACCCCUUACUCCCCCUUCAGCGCCACGGGAGUGGGACCCUGAGGGUGGGGGCACCCUCAAGGCAACAUAGUGCCAGGAAAACGAGUAUGUUUUCCUGGCACUAUAGACUAGUCGUCCUUUAAUCUUAAUGAAGUGGUGCAUCCUUUCCUUCUAGCUCUGCAAUUGAAAACAGCAUUUUGUAGCAUCGUCGAUGUCUUCUUUGCAGAGUUAAACACAGCUUUAGUAGUUGUCUUCCUGACAGCCUCUAGAGUUGCUUUAACUAGAAUAACUGUGUCAGACUCGGUUAUUCAAUAAAUAAUUCUCAGAGAAAGCAUUUGAUAGGAUGAGAAGCAAGAAGACGUCAGCAUGCUUGCGGACAGAAAUGGGUCGGGCGGCUGCAAAGGAGGUAUAUCGACGGUGAAAACACUUAAUAGCAGGGAACUUAUAGUCCUGAAAAACUAAUAUUGUUAAAUGAGAUAUAGAAAUACAAAUUGAGGAAUAGGUCAAGGAGUCUAGAAGUCAGGAUAUGACAGUGUGACUAUAAGGAGCAAGCAACCGCCAAUCUAUAGAGUGGAGCACAUCAAAUGGUGUGUAUAUACAUUAAAACACCUACCCCUAAUUGGUGGACAGCAAAUAUUGUUUGGUGUCCUAAAAAAAGAGGAAAAUCUCUAAUGUGCAGGUAACUUUAGAUCUUUUAGAACCCUUCUGAGCCCAAUAUGACAGGCUUAGGUCGUGCUCGUAGUAGUGUACUUCGGUGACACAAUCCCCCUUCCAGAUUCUGUGAUGUAUACUCUCAAAAAGGCAAAAGUGGAGAAAUAGGAGAUAAUACUCCUAGUGUUAUACAGUUAACUCCCAGGUAGCUUUGCUGGAGCCCAAGGUACCUGGCUCUAGGUAUAUUAACAAUUGUGCCUAUUAAGGUGGCACAGCCGUUCCUUUGUAAGCAGUCAGUUGGGAAGUUUGAAGGACCCUUACAGUGAUUUAUUUGAAAAAUAAAACAUAAAUAAAACAACAAAUAGUAAUAAAAUCAGCAAAGUGCUUCAAAGUCGGACUAAGGAGCUGUGUCAGAAAGUACUCUAGAAUGAGAAAUAGGGUCAAUAUGUUUCCCACAAUGGUUCACAGACUAGUCAGGAGCCGUGACAAAUAAUGCAACGGGUUCUAUAUUUUCCUGGCAACCGAUUGGCUACGACGUCUGGCAAUAUAAUAUUUUUUAAUGUCUGGACAAAAAAAAGAUUUAAUUUCAAUGUUACUUCCCAGUCCUUCCAGUUAUAUUUUAAACCAUGGCAGCCAUUCAUAAUGACUUCUCCAAAUGGAAGAGCACAGGCUCCAUUGGUAAAUAAUCCACUUUGUGCCUCUCCUGGAGAGAUGCAUUAAAAUGAGAUAACUCAGAGAAUGUACACUCCAGCUCUACGUUAUUUUAUGUCUUUACCUCUGAGGGCGUUUAUUCACUAAACACUGAGUUGUGAAUUGAAAGCCAAACUAUUGUCUUAAAAUAACCCAGCUGUGGCUAAAGCAGAGUUGGCAAGUUUUAAAAAUCAAAAAUCAUUUUGCAUGAAUGUUGCUAUUUCUAUUUAAAUGCCCUGCAAUUCACAGUUUGGGAAUAACUGCCUGCGCACGUCAGCGCCGUGCAAUCAGCUAGGUCCACAAUACGUGGGUCAAUUAACGAUACAUUUUACAAGGAGAACUUUAACAUUUACUAUUAUCCGCCUUGUAAGUGAAAUGAAAGUAGCAGAUAUUUAAAAUCUCUCUCACCUCUGUAUAAGCACACAUUUCCACUAGUUAGCUGUGGCUGUCUGAUCAUGGUGUGAAAAUGAAAGAUAUAUCACAGGUUAGUGUUGUAUUUCACACACGGUGUCUAUUUGCCAGCAGUGCAGGAAGAUUCCAUGAGAUUACCAAUUAUUCAUGGCACCAACCUAUUCCACAGCGCAGGACACAUUGACUAAAGGGAAUAAUAACAGAAGCUAAUAAUAAAAAGCUAGACGUACAACAUGAAGAGGAAACUCAAUAGGGUAUGUCUUGAUAGCUGGGCUCACAGCUUGCAAUCUUCAGGAUGUUACCCUGAUAUUGGCCACCACUGCAGCUGUGGUAGUCCAAGCGACAAGCUUCUUUAUGACAGACUGAACUUUUAUUUACAAUUAACUCUACCAUAAUAAGGUCAUAGUAUGAAUAUACAAGCCUGAUAUGAAUUAAAAUGAUAAUAAAGAAUGCCUUUAUUUCUAAAAAAAACAGCUCCUUAAUAAUUCCUGAAUCAAAGCACACAGUGCUAUAUACAGAGAUUAAUGGGUUCUUUCUGUGUCCCUAGAAAUGCAUGACACACGGUUUCUAAUACAGAGAUUAAAGGGUCACUGGAGAUGCUUUGCAGAUUGUACAUUUCAUUUUUUUUUUUUUUAAAGCUUUUUUUGAAGAAAGAAAAAAUAUACACAAAUGGUCUGAGUAGAAGCCUACACAGGCAAUGCAACAGUGUGUAAGAUAGCUGAACAGACACACAGUGUGUGAAACAAAGGGUUCACCGUGUUUCCAGUAAUGCACUAUACGCAGUUUCUUAUAGUGAGAUCAAGAAUUUAUCUUUGCGUUCCCAGUAAUGCGUUUUAACGCAGUAUCUUGUAGCGAGAUCAAGAAAUAUUUUUUGCGUUCCCUGUAAUGCAUUAUACGCAGUAUCUUAUAGCGAGAUCAAGAAUUUAUCUGUGCGUUCCCAGUAAUGCAUUAUACGCAGUAUCUUAUAGCGAGAUCAAGAAUUUAUCUUUGCGUUCCCAGUAAUGCAUUAUACGCAGUAUCUUAUAGCGAGAUCAAGAAUUUAUCUUUGCGUUCCCAUGAAUGCAUUAUACGCAGUUUCUUAUAGCGAGAUCAAGAAUUUAUCUUUGUCUUCCCAGUAAUGCAUUAUACGCAGUAUCUUAUAGCGAGAUCAGGAAUUUAUCUUUGCGUUCCCAGUAAUGCAUUAUACACAGUAUCUUAUAACGAGAUCAAGAAUAUAUCUUUGUGUUCCCAGAAAUGCAUCGCACGCAGUCCCUCCAUGAAGACGCUUUUACCUUUAAGGUUUUCAUCUUCCAGUUUGUGAAUUUCUACUCGUCCCCGUUCUAUGUGGCGUUCUUCAAAGGCAGGUGAGCUGGGCCGAGCAUUUAACCUCUAGAACUCAGUGUGGGAGGAAUUUGCAUCUCUAUGGCUGGGUGUUACAGAAUGGCCUGUACCUCUAUCAUUGAGCUUGUAUCAAAGUUGGCAUGCAGUCCAAUCUAUUCAAUGGAUGCAAUGGCCAGGAACAAAGGGGCAAUUUAAUAUAUUAAUUAAUGGCAGGGCCAGGGUGUGGAAAUGGUUUAACAAUCUAUUUGUGACUAUAAAGGAAUCCUGAUCUACUUGUCCUGCCACACAAUGUAAUUCCAGAUUAUGGCCCCUGCCUAGAACCCUACACACAGACAAGGCUAUUCACUUAACGCCACAUUUUCACAAAGGAAAAACUGAGAUUAAAAAGAACUGAUCUGGAAACAUUCUCCAAACCAGUUACUCACAACUUUUUUUUCCCUCGGAUUCAAUUUGUGAAAAUUCUGAGUUUUGUGAAUUAGUCUGAGAGUCACACCAUCUGUGUCUUCCCCAUAGUGUGUAAUGACUGCAUGUAAUAUGUGUGUGUAGGCAGUGUGUAAUGUGUGUGGUGUGUGCUGGCAGUUUGUUGUACUUGUGAGGAUUGUGUAACGUGCAGACUGCAUGUAAUGUGUGUGUGGUAUGUGCUGGCUGUGUGUGAUGUUUGCUGGCUAUAUGUAAAGUGUGUAUUUUGUAUGUGGUAUGCACAGGCAAUGUGUAAUGUGUAAGUGAUGAGUACUGGCGGUGUGUAAUGUGUAAGUGGUGAGUACUUGCGGUGUGUAAUGUGUAAGUGGUGAGUGUUUGCGGUGUGUAAUGUGUGAGUGGUGAGUGUUUGCGGUGUGUAAUGUGUAAGUGGUGAGUGCUUGCGGUGUGUAAUGUGUAAGUGGUGAGUAGUUGCGGUGUGUAAUGUAUAAGUGGUGAGUAGUUGCGGUGUGUAAUGUGUAAGUGGUGAGUGCUUGCGGUGUGUAAGUGGUGAGUGCUUGCGGUGUGUAAUGUGUGAGUGGUGAGUGCUUGCGGUGUGUAAUGUGUGAGUGGUGAGUGCUUGCGGUGUGUAAUGUGUAAGUGGUGAGUGCUUACGGUGUGUAAUGUGUAAGUGGUGAGUAGUUCUUGAUUGUGUAAUGUAUAAGUGGUGGUAAUUUACUUGAUUAUUGUAAUGUGUAAGUGGUGAGAGUGCUUGCGGUGUGUAAUGUGUGAAGUGGUGAGGAGUGCUUUGUGAUUGUGUAAUGUUUAGUGGUGGUGAGGAGAUUAGCACUUGCUUGAUUGUGUAAUGUGUAAGUGGUGAGUGCUUGCUUGAUUGUGUAAUGUGUAAGUGUGUGGUGAGGUGCUUGCGAUUGUGUGUGCUUGUAAUGUGUGAGUGGUGAGUGCUGUGAUUGUGUAAUGUGUGAGUGGUGAGGUGCUUACUUGAUUGUGUAAUGUGUGUAAGUGGUGAGUGCUGAUUGUGUGUAAUGUGUGUAAGUGGUGAGGAUCAGUUCUUGAUUGUGUAAUGUAUAAGAAGUGGUGAGUAGUUGGGUGUGUAAUGUAUAGGAGAAGUGGUGAGUAGUUGCGUGUGUAAUGUGUAGAGUGGUGGGGAAUGGGUUGCGGUGUGUAAUGUGUAAGUGGUGAGUGCUUGCGGUGUGUAAUGUGUAAGUGGUGAGUGCUUGCGGUGUGUAAUGUUUUAGUGGUGAGUGCUUGCGGUGUGUAAUGUGUAAGUGGUGAGUGCUUGCGGUGUGUAAUGUGUAAGUGGUGAGUGCUUACGGUGUGUAAUGUGUGAGUGGUGAGUGCUUGCGGUGUGUAAUGUGUGAGUGGUGAGUGCUUGCGGUGUGUAAUGUGUGAGUGGUGAGUGCUUGCGGUGUGUAAUGUGUAAGUGGUGAGUACUUGCGGUGUGUAAUGUGUGAGUGCAGUGUGUUUGUCCCCCGCUCCCACCCGAUAACUGGUGGUCCAGCAGGGGUUAAGACUUCCUGGUGGUUUAGUGGGAGGUAAAGUCUUUUGUGGUGUAGUUGAGGAGCAUGUGAUCUGCACCAGUCGGGAAUUCCAGUGGCUGCACUCUGACACAUUAGGGAAUGCCAGAACCUCAAGGGAGCGAUAACUGUGGUCUGCACCAGUCGGAGAUGCAGACCACGAGUUCCAAGCUCCGGCCCUGAUCCCUGAUGCCCUUUGUAGUAUAAGAAACAAUCUGCCUUUUCGGCGGCCAGCAGGUGUCGGGUCUUUGGUAAUAGGAAUCCCACAUCUUGAAUGGAUCCAGUAUGCUAGUUCUGGUCUUUAUCAGAAUAAUAAAGUGGCCCUGCAUUCCUCCUUAUUAUUUGUUAAAAGAACCCUUUACAUUUUAUCCCUUUUAUAAUAAUAUAUGAUAUGGAACCAGGAAUACAAGGGCACUUUAUUACAUUGAUUAAGCCAAAAGAAAAAAAGUGUCUUCUAGGAUUUAAUACACAGUUAGAUAUUAAACAACCGGUAAACUUUUUCCAACUCACUUAUUUUCCUGUAAAGAACGACGAUGGGAUGAUGCUUUAGGAAAUAAUAGGAGUCACAUGAUGUGUGAGAUACUGGUGUUACCGUUAAUGAUCUGAGAUAUAAAGCGGAUUAUGUAGAGGUGAUUUCUUCAGUUAAGACAAUGACUGAGAAAUCCGUGUCUCAGUCCAUUUUAACACAGAUUUUGAUGUCAACUGAAUCCAUUUGUUCCUUCAUUAUGUUAGUUCCCUAUCUAGGAGCUCACAUUAUCCUUGCUGUGUUUGCAGCUCAGUCACUACCAUGUAUGCUGGAAGGCAGUGCAAUGUUUCUACAACUCUUUAUGAAAAAUAUAUAUUUCCUGAUGUCGCCAAUAAAUCUCCUCCUCCUUUGCAAAAUUUCAAAAGUACUUAUCCAAUUGUACUUUGACUUGUUGAAGAAUUUCUAUCAUUACCUUCCACGCUGCACAUGCUGAAUCUAUCUCUCCCUCUGACAGGUUUGUGGGCUACCCUGGCCAGUAUGGCAAACUCCUGGGCAUGAGAAAUGAGGAUGUGAGUACCAAUGGCUACCUGAGCUGCAACAUUCCAUUCAGCUACAGUAUAUUAGGGCAACUGACACGAACACUAAGCAGCGCGAGUAUAUCCAGCAUUUAAGUAUUUAAAGGGACAUUAGGAAGGUACACAUUCUAACUGACAACCAUCUACCAACAAUCUGAAUAUGAACAGAUUGCAACAAAUUAAUCGAACAGUUUCAUCUCUAUGGCCAAUUCUAUAACAGAUAUAACAGUCUGUUCCUUUGGUGUAGCCGAUGCCUGUCGAAUUUUCCUGCCCUAAUUAUAUUGAUAUCAGGCCCUGCAUGAGAACAAUAGGCUACAAAACAAUUCAAUCAGCAGCUAAACUGAAAUGGAGGAGACUGGUAAAUGCAAACGAGAGCCGAGUGUGGGAUCCGAGCUACAUUAUAACCCACAGACUGUCACCAAUCCGUCAGUAACUUUCUAUAGAAGUGUUGCAGCCUUUGCCAUAUUUCUUGGUGUUUACUUGAGAGUUUGAGAGUUUGUGUCUGCCCAUGUUAGUUAGCAGUAAGGAGAAUUAACACAAAUCCUACCUAUUUGUGUUGUGGUUUUGCCGGUCGAUUAGGCAGCUGAAGGUGAUACAGUGGUGCUUCAUAUUUAAUGGAUAACAUUCUUCUAACUUGGAGGAUAAUUAAUGUUCCCAUUAUUUGGGUUUAUGUUUGUGUAAUUCCUUAUUCUCCACCAUUUAUCUCUCCUGCAGUGUGGUCCAGGCGGAUGUCUUAUUGAACUUGCUCAACAGCUCUUCAUAAUAAUGGUUGGAAAACAGAUUGUCAGCAAUAUCCAGGAAUUCAUUAUCCCGUAAGUACAGAAGAGGGGAUCUAUAUUAAACAUUAUUAUUGACAUUUGUGGAGCGCCAAACUUAUUCCAUUAUUAUAUUACUAAGGGGGAAAUUUAACAAUAAAUCAGACAAUUACAAGAAAAAUUGGCUGAUGAUGUCCCUGCUACAUUACCCCAUCUUACAGAACAGGGGAUCUAUAGUACACAGUACACCAUAUCACAGAACAGGGGAUCUAUAGUAAACCGUACACCAUCUCACAGAACAGGGGAUCUAUAGUAAACCGUACACCAUCUUACAGAACAGGGGAUCUAUAGUAAACAGUACCCCAUCUCACAGAACAGGAGAUCUAUAGUAAACAGUACCCCAUCUCACAGAACAGGAGAUCUAUAGUAAACCGUACACCAUCUCACAGAACAGGGGAUCUAUAGUAAACAGUACACCAUCUCACAGAACAGGGGAUCUAUAGUAAACCGUACACCAUCUCACAGAACAGGGGAUCUAUAGUAAACAGUACCCCAUCUCACAGAACAGGAGAUCUAUAGUAAACCGUACACCAUCUUACAGAACAGGGGAUCUAUAGUAAACCGUACACCAUCUUACAGAACAGGGGAUCUAUAGUAAACCGUACACCAUCUUACAGAACAGGGGAUCUAUAGUAAACAGUACACCAUCUUACAGAACAGGGGAUCUAUAGUAAACAGUACCCCAUCUCACAGAACAGGAGAUCUAUAGUAAACCGUACACCAUCUUACAGAACAGGGGAUCUAUAGUACACCGUACACCAUCUCACAGAACAGGGGAUCUAUAGUAAACCGUACACUAUAUCACAGAACAGAGGAUCUAUAGUAAACAGUACACCAUCUCACAGAACAGGGGAUCUAUAGUAAACCGUACACCAUCUCACAGAACAGGGGAUCUAUAGUAAACCGUACACCAUCUCACAGAACAGGGGAUCUAUAGUAAACAGUACACCAUCUCACAGAACAGGGGAUCUAUAGUAAACAGUACACCAUCUCACAGAACAGGAGAUCUAUAGUAAACCGUACACCAUCUCACAGAACAGGAGAUCUAUAGUAAACCGUACACCAUCUCACAGAACAGGGGAUCUAUAGUAAACAGUACACCAUCUCACAGAACAGGGGAUCUAUAGUAAACAGUACACCAUCUCACAGAACAGGGGAUCUAUAGUAAACAGUACACCAUCUCACAGAACAGGGGAUCUAUAGUAAACAGUACACCAUCUCACAGAACGGGAUCUAUAGUAAACAGUACACCAUCUCACAGAACAGGGGAUCUAUAGUAAACAGUACCCCAUCUCACAGAACAGGGGAUCUAUAGUAAACGUACACCAUCUCACAGAACAGGGGAUCUAUAGUAAACAGUACACCAUCUCACAGAACAGGGGAUCUAUAGUAAACAGUACACCAUAUCACAGAACAGGGGAUCUAUAGUAAACCGUACACCAUCUCACAGAACAGGGGAUCUAUAGUAAACCGUACACCAUCUCACAGAACAGGGGAUCUAUAGUAAACAGUACACCAUCUCACAGAACAGGGGAUCUAUAGUAAACAGUACACCAUCUCACAGAACAGGGGAUCUAUAGUAAACCGUACACCAUCUCACAGAACAGGGGAUCUAUAGUAAACCGUACACCAUAUCACAGAACAGGGGAUCUAUAGUAAACCGUACACCAUCUCACAGAACAGGGGAUCUAUAGUAAACCGUACACCAUCUCACAGAACAGGGGAUCUAUAGUAAACAGUACACCAUCACAGAACAGGGGAUCUAUAGUAAACCGUCACAGAACAGGGGAUCUAUAGUAAAUAUCACAGAACAGGGGAUCUAUAGUAAAUAGUAAACAGUACCCCAUCUCACAGAACAGGGGAUCUAUAGUAAACAGUACACCAUCAUAUCACAGAACAGGGGAUCUAUAGUAAACAGUAUCUAUAGUAAACACCAUCUCACAGAACAGGGGAUCUAUAGUAAACAGUACCCCAUAUCACAGAACAGGGGAUCUAUAGUAAACAGUACCCCAUCUCACAGAACAGGGGAUCUAUAGUAAACCGUACACCAUCUCACAGAACAGGGGAUCUAUAGUAAACCGUACACCAUCUUACAGAACAGGGGAUCUAUAGUAAACAGUACACCAUCUCACAGAACAGGGGAUCUAUAGUAAACAGUACCCCAUCUCACAGAACAGGGGAUCUAUAGUAAACAGUACCCCAUCUCAUAGAACAGGGGAUCUAUAGUAAACCGUACACCAUCUCACAGAACAGGAGAUCUAUAGUAAACAGUACCCCAUCUCCCAGAACAGGAGAUCUAUAGUAAACCGUACACCAUCUCACAGAACAGGGGAUCUAUAGUAAACCGUACACCAUCUUACAGAACAGGGGAUCUAUAGUAAACUGUACACCAUCUCACAGAACAGGGGAUCUAUAGUAAACAGUACACCAUCUCACAGAACAGGGGAUCUAUAGUACACAGUACACCAUCUCACAGAACAGGGGAUCUAUAGUACACAGUACACCAUCUCACAGAACAGGGGAUCUAUAGUAAACAGUACACUAUAUCACAGAACAGGGGAUCUAUAGUAAACAGUACACCAUCUCACAGAACAGGGGAUCUAUAGUAAACAGUACACCAUAUCACAGAACAGGGGAUCUAUAGUAAACCGUACACCAUCUCACAGAACAGGGGAUCUAUAGUAAACAGUACACCAUCUCACAGAACAGGGGAUCUAUAGUAAACCGUACACCAUCACACAGAACAGGGGAUCUAUAGUAAACAGUACACCAUCUCACAGAACAGGGGAUCUAUAGUAAACAGUACACCAUAUCACAGAACACGGGAUCUAUAGUAAACAGUACCCCAUCUCACAGAACAGGAGAUCUAUAGUAAACCGUACACCAUCUUACAGAACAGGGGAUCUAUAGUAAACCGUACACCAUCUUACAGAACAGGGGAUCUAUAGUAAACCGUACCCCAUCUCACAGAACAGGGGAUCUAUAGUAAACUAUACACCAUCUCACAGAACAGGGGAUCUAUAGUAAACAGUACACUAUAUCACAGAACAGGGGAUCUAUAGUAAACCGUACACCAUCUCACAGAACAGGGGAUCUAUAGUAAACAGUACACCAUCUCACAGAACAGGGGAUCUAUAGUAAACUGUACACCAUCUUACAGAACAGGGGAUCUAUAGUAAACUGUACACCAUCUCACAGAACAGGGGAUCUAUAGUAAACAGUACACCAUCUCACAGAACAGGGGAUCUAUAGUAAACCGUACACCAUAUCACAGAACAGGAGAUCUAUAGUAAACCGUACACCAUAUCACAGAACAGGGGAUCUAUAGUAAACAGUACACCAUCUCACAGAACAGGAGAUCUAUAGUAAACAGUACCCCAUCUCCCAGAACAGGGGAUCUAUAGUAAACCGUACACCAUCUCACAGAACAGGGGAUCUAUAGUAAACAGUACACCAUCUUACAGAACAGGGGAUCUAUAGUAAACCGUACAACAUCUUACAGAACAGGGGAUCUAUAGUAAACUGUACACUAUAUCACAGAACAGGGGAUCUAUAGUAAACAGUACACCAUCUCACAGAACAGGGGAUCUAUAGUAAACAGUACACCAUCUCACAGAACAGGGGAUCUAUAGUAAACCGUACACUAUCUCACAGAACAGGGGAUCUAUAGUAAACAGUACACCAUCUCACAGAACAGGGGAUCUAUAGUAAACCGUACACUAUAUCACAGAACAGGGGAUCUAUAGUAAACCGUACACCAUCUCACAGAACAGGGGAUCUAUAGUAAACCGUACACCAUCUCACAGAACAGGGGAUCAAUAGUAAACCGUACACCAUCUCACAGAACAGGGGAUCUAUAGUAAACAGUACACCAUCUCCCAGAACAGGGGAUCUAUAGUAAACCGUACACUAUAUCACAGAACAGGGGAUCUAUAGUAAACCGUACACUAUAUCACAGAACAGGGGAUCUAUAGUAAACAGUCACAGAACAAGGGGAUCUAUAGUAAACAGUACACCAUCUCACAGAACAGGGGAUCUAUAGUAAACAUACACCAUCUCACAGAACAAGGAUCUAUAGUAAACGGUACACCAUCUCACAGAACAGGGGAUCUAUAGUAAACCGUACACCAUCUCACAGAACAGGGGAUCUAUAGUAAACCCGUACACCAUCUCCAGAACAAGGAUCUAUAGUAAACCGUACCCCAUCUCACAGAACAGAGGGAUCUAUAGUAAACCGUUACAUAUCACAGAACAGGAUCUAUAGUAAACCGUACACUAUAUCACAGAACAGGGAUCUAUAGUAAACAGUACACCAUCUCACAGAACAGGGGAUCUAUAGUAAACCGUACACCAUCUCACAGAACAGGGGAUCUAUAGUAAACCGUACCCCAUCUCACAGAACAGGGGAUCUAUAGUAAACGUACACUAUAUCACAGAACAGGGGAUCUAUAGUAAACCGUACACCAUCUCACAGAACAGGGGAUCUAUAGUAAACAGUACACCAUCUCACAGAACAGGGGAUCUAUAGUAAACCGUACACCAUCUCACAGAACAGGGGAUCAAUAGUAAACCGUACACCAUCUCACAGAACAGGGGAUCUAUAGUAAACAGUACACCAUCUCCCAGAACAGGGGAUCUAUAGUAAACCGUACACUAUAUCACAGAACAGGGGAUCUAUAGUAAACCGUACACCAUAUCACAGAACAGGGGAUCUAUAGUAAACAGUACACCAUCUCACAGAACAGGGGAUCUAUAGUAAACAGUACACCAUCUCACAGAACAGGGGAUCUAUAGUAAACCGUACACCAUCUCACAGAACAGGGGAUCUAUAGUAAACAGUACCCCAUCUCACAGAACAGGAGAUCUAUAGUAAACCGUACACCAUCUUACAGAACAGGGGAUCUAUAGUAAACCGUACACCAUCUUACAGAACAGGGGAUCUAUAGUAAACCGUACACCAUCUUACAGAACGGAAGUCUAUAGUAAACAGUACACCAUCUUACAGAACAGGGGAUCUAUAGUAGAAACCAUUACACCAUCUCACAGAACAGGGGAUCUAUAGUAAACGUACACCAUCUCACAGGGGUGGGGAUCUACUUAGUAAGCCAUUUUUAUCUCUCACAGAACAGGAUCUAUAGUAAACCGUACCAUCUCUACCAGAACAGGGAUCUAUAGUAAACAGUACCAUCUCACAGAACAGGGGAUCUAUAGUAAACCGUACACCAUCUCACAGAACAGGGGAUCUAUAGUAAACCGUACACCAUCUCACAGAACAGGGGAUCUAUAGUAAACCGUACACCACCUCACAGAACAGGGGAUCUAUAGUAUACCGUACACCAUCUCACAGAACAGGGCAUCUAUAGUAAACCGUACACUAUAUCACAGAACAGGGGAUCUAUAGUAAACAGUACACCAUAUCACAGAACAGGGGAUCUAUAGUAAACAGUACACCAUCUCCCAGAACAGGGGAUCUAUAGUAAACCGUACACUAUAUCACAGAACAGGGGAUCUAUAGUAAACCGUACACCAUCUCACAGAACAGGGGAUCUAUAGUAAACCGUACACCAUCUCACAGAACAGGGGAUCUAUAGUAAACAGUACACCAUCUCCCAGAACAGGGGAUCUAUAGUAAACUGUACACUAUAUCACAGAACAGGGGAUCUAUAGUAAACCGUACACCAUCUCACAGAACAGGGGAUCUAUAGUAAACAGUACACCAUCUCACAGAACAGGGGAUCUAUAGUAAACCGUACACCAUCUCACAGAACAGGGGAUCUAUAGUAAACAGUACCCCAUCUCACAGAACAGGGGAUCUAUAGUAAACAGUACACCAUCUCACAGAACAGGGGAUCUAUAGUAAACCGUACCCCAUCUCACAGAACAGGGGAUCUAUAGUAAACCGUACACCAUCUCACAGAACAGGGGAUCUAUAGUAAACCGUACACCAUCUCACAGAACAGGGGAUCUAUAGUAAACCGUACACAAUCUCCCAGAACAGGGGAUCUAUAGUAAACCGUACACCAUCUCACAGAACAGGGGAUCUAUAGUAAACCGUACACUAUAUCACAGAACAGGGGAUCUAUAGUAAACAGUACACCAUCUCACAGAACAGGGGAUCUAUAGUAAACCGUACACUAUAUCACAGAACAUGGGAUCUAUAGUAAACAGUACACCAUCUCACAGAACAGGGGAUCUAUAGUAAACCGUACACUAUAUCACAGAACAGGGGAUCUAUAGUAAACAGUACACCAUCUCACAGAACAGGGGAUCUAUAGUAAACCGUACACCAUCUCACAGAACAGGGGAUCUAUAGUAAACCGUACACCAUCUCACAGAACAGGGGAUCUAUAGUACACCAUACACCAUCUCACAGAACAGGGGAUCUAUAGUAAACAGUACACCAUCUCACAGAACAGGGGAUCUAUAGUACACAGUACACCAUCUCACAGAACAGGGGAUCUAUAGUACACAGUACACCAUCUCACAGAACAGGGGAUCUAUAGUAAACAGUACACUAUAUCACAGAACAGGGGAUCUAUAGUAAACAGUACACCAUCUCACAGAACAGGGGAUCUAUAGUAAACCGUACACCAUCUCACAGAACAGGGGAUCUAUAGUAAACCGUACACCAUCUCACAGAACAGGGGAUCUAUAGUACACCAUACACCAUCUCACAGAACAGGGGAUCUAUAGUAAACAGUACACCAUCUCACAGAACAGGGGAUCUAUAGUACACAGUACACCAUCUCACAGAACAGGGGAUCUAUAGUACACAGUACACCAUCUCACAGAACAGGGGAUCUAUAGUAAACAGUACACUAUAUCACAGAACAGGGGAUCUAUAGUAAACAGUACACCAUCUCACAGAACAGGGGAUCUAUAGUAAACCGUACCCCAUCUCACAGAACAGGGGAUCUAUAGUAAACAGUACCCCAUCUCACAGAACAGGGGAUCUAUAGUAAACAGUACACUAUAUCACAGAACAGGGGAUCUAUAGUACACAGUACACCAUCUCACAGAACAGGGGAUCUAUAGUAAACCGUACACCAUCUCACAGAACAGGGGAUCUAUAGUAAACAGUACACCAUCUCACAGAACAGGGGAUCUAUAGUAAACCGUACCCCAUCUCACAGAACAGGGGAUCUAUAGUAAACAGUACACCAUCUCACAGAACAGGGGAUCUAUAGUAAACCGUACACUAUAUCACAGAACAGGGGAUCUAUAGAAAACAGUACACCAUCUCACAGAACAGGGGAUCUAUAGUAAACAGUACACCAUCUCACAGAACAGGGGAUCUAUAGUAAACAGUACACCAUCUCACAGAACAGGGGAUCUAUAGUAAACCGUACACCAUCUCACAGAACAGGGGAUCUAUAGUAAACCAUACACCAUAUCACAGAACAGGGGAUCUAUAGUAAACCGUACACAUCUCACAGAACAGGGGAUCUAUAGUAAACCGUACACCAUCUCACAGAACAGGGGAUCUAUAGUAAACAGUACACCAUCUCACAGAACAGGAGAUCUAUAGUAAACAGUACACCAUCUCACAGAACAGGGGAUCUAUAGUAAACCGUACACCAUCUCACAGAACAGGGGAUCUAUAGUAAACCGUACACUAUAUCACAGAACAGGGGAUCUAUAGUAAACCGUACACCAUCUCACAGAACAGGGGAUCUAUAGUAAACCGUACACCAUCUCACAGAACAGGGGAUCUAUAGUAAACCAUACACCAUCUCACAGAACAGGGGAUCUAUAGUAAACCGUACACCAUCUUACAGAACAGGGGAUCUAUAGUAAACAGUACACCAUCUCACAGAACAGGGGAUCUAUAGUAAACAGUACACUAUAUCACAGAACAGGGGAUCUAUAGUAAACAGUACACCAUCUCACAGAACAGGAGAUCUAUAGUAAACCGUACACAAUCUCACAGAACAGGGGAUCUAUAGUAAACCGUAUACUAUAUCACAGAACAGGGGAUCUAUAGUAAACCAUACACUAUAUCACAGAACAGGGGAUCUAUAGUAAACAGUACACCAUCUCACAGAACAGGGGAUCUAUAGUAAACAGUACACCAUCUCACAGAACAGGGGAUCUAUAGUAAACAGUACCCCAUCUCACAGAACAGGGGAUCUAUAGUAAACAGUACCCCAUAUCACAGAACAGGGGAUCUAUAGUAAACCGUACACCAUCUUACAGAACAGGGGAUCUAUAGUAAACCGUACACUAUAUCACAGAACAGGGGAUCUAUAGUAAACCGUACACUAUAUCACAGAACAGGGGAUCUAUAGUAAACAGUACACUAUAUCACAGAACAGACUUGCUUUCUUCCCAUUGUACUUGCAUUCCCCCAAACCAUACCUGCUUUCCCCCCACUCCAUGUCUGCCUGCCCCCCCAUCAAAUGCCUGCCUUUCCCUCUGCUCCAGCAUGCUGACUCCUAGUGACUGUUCUCCCAUUGUAUUAGUUUGUCUCUAUUGAUUAGUCAGCCCAUAUUUCCAUGAUCCUUCCUAAACCUUCUGUCCAUGUCUACGCAGAAAAUUAAAAUCAUGGCGCCAGAAGCGACAGUUGGCCAAAGUGCGAGGGACUCAGCUCUGCGAGGAGCCCAAACGCUGGGAGGAAGACUAUGAACUCAUUGAAUGCGAAGGACUCUUUGAAGAAUAUCUAGAAAUGGGUGAGUUGAAGUCAUACUGGUUUGUAGUAGGUACAUUGCAUUGCCUAUGGGCAGGACUCACAGGUUGGAGAUUGACAAUUUUCUUUAAACACAAAACAUUAUUAAACAUCAAAGAAAGACGUAUUUUCAUAAUUCGGAAGGAUUAUAGAAAACAAGUGACUGGGACUGACCGUGGUAAUUUAAGCCAUUACAGCGGUGAUUUUUCUAAUUUUUAAUGAUUGUAGUUAGUGCAGCUCAUCCUUAAUGAAUAAAUCAAGUCCAGAGUAUCUGAAAUGAAAGCAUAGCUAGCUUAGAAAAUGGUUUCAGAAUGCUAUAUUGACCUUAAAUUUGAAAUUCACUUUUAAUUUACUUUAAAUUUUCACUUUAGUGAGUAACCCUUAUAAUGUAUAACAUGAAAGGUAUAAUAGUUUAAUGUAUCUAUACAAGCACCAUAACGUCCUAUAUUCAUCUGAUGGGGACAUAUGACCUCACCAUCAGCACCAUCUAUGGUCAGUGGACAAUCUCACGGUUCAGUCUAUCCCAGUUUUGCAGUUUGGAUUCAUCACCAUAUUCGUGGCUGCGUUCCCACUUGCACCUCUCUUUGCUCUGCUAAAUAAUUGGGUGGAGAUUCGCCUGGACGCCCAGAAAUUUGAUUGACAAUUUUCUUUAAACACAAAACAUUAUUAAACAUCAAAGAAAGACGUAUUUUCAUAAUUCGGAAGGAUUAUAGAAAACAAGUGACUGGGACUGACCGUGGUAAUUUAAGCCAUUACAGCGGUGAUUUUUCUAAUUUUUAAUGAUUGUAGUUAGUGCAGCUCAUCCUUAAUGAAUAAAUCAAGGCCAGAGUAUCUGAAAUGAAAGCAUAGCUAGCUUAGAAAAUGGUUUCAGAAUGCUAUAUUGACCUUAAAUUUGAAAUUCACUUUUAAUUUACUUUAAAUUUUCACUUUAGUGAGUAACCCUUAUAAUGUAUAACAUGAAAGGUAUAAUAGUUUAAUGUAUCUAUACAAGCACCAUAACGUCCUAUAUUCAUCUGAUGGGGACAUAUGACCUCACCAUCAGCACCAUCUAUGGUCAGUGGACAAUCUCACGGUUCAGUCUAUCCCAGUUUUGCAGUUUGGAUUCAUCACCAUAUUCGUGGCUGCGUUCCCACUUGCACCUCUCUUUGCUCUGCUAAAUAAUUGGGUGGAGAUUCGCCUGGACGCCCAGAAAUUUGUGUGUGAAUAUCGUCGUCCAGUGGCGGAGCGGGCCCAGCAUAUCGGAGUCUGGUUUUUGCUGCUUGAAGCCUUGGCACAAGUUUCUGUAAUUGUAAAUGUAAGUAAAUGAAGAGGAUUUUGUGGUGGGAUUGUUGGAAGGCAGAGUGUGUUCCAUGUCGAUUUCUCAUCCCUGCAGGCCUUCCUCAUCGCUUUCACCUCUGACUUUCUCCCACGGCUCCUUUAUCAAUACGAAUAUAACAGCAACCUAGAUGGAUACCUCAACUUUACCCUGUCAUACUCUCCACAUAGCUAUGUGUCAGGAAACCACACCAUGUGCAGGUACGAGGAUCACAAAAUACACCAUGUGUAGGUAAGAGGGCCACAAAAUACACCAUGUGUAGGUAAGAGGGCCACAAGAUACACCAUGUGUAGGUAAGAGGGCCACAAGAUACACCAUUUGCAGCUACGAGGGCCACAAAAACAAACCAUGGUAAGUAAAAAGUGCCAUAAAACCACACAAUGUGUUGGGAAGUGUUAAGAGAAGUCUUGCUCUGUAUUUCGUUAUAACAGUGACUUUUACAUAGCGGUGCUCAGACUGUGUGCACUGUGUGUUUUGUAGGUAUAAAGCAUUCCGUGAUGAAAAUGGCAGCUACACUCUCUUUUACUGGAAGCUGCUCGCCAUUCGCCUGGGAUUCAUCAUUGCGUUUGAGGUGAGAACGGCGCACGACUUUCUCCUUACAUGUACAAUGUCUUAUUCUUCAGGAAUGACUGUAACUGGAGCAACUAAUCCUCACAUUGACGGGAUGCAGAUCUCUUUCAGUUAUGAGAGGGUUGAUACUAAAUCAGAUAAAUUGGAUUUAUAA